AUGGUAAUCCUGCUGAAAUUCCUGAGGCAUGAGGAGAGAUGGCUGCUUAAUGUCCAUGCAAUUGAUACACGAGGGGUGGAAGAUAAAUUGGGUUGCACGAAUGCAGGUGUGAUCUUUAAUAUUACAGUGGGUGAAAUUGGCCGACGUUUGAGGCCAGAUAUACUGGAGGGUUGCUAUGUUGUUAUGAUCAGACUCAUGCAGGGUGAGACAUGGCUUGAAGGACUCAGCACAGAGCAUGAUUGCGGGUUGAAUAUGACAUUGAGCCUUGUAGUGCCACCAAUUGGCGAUGAUGAGUGCAUUCACACAAAAAGAAUAAGCCUCACCAUGCUGACUGGUGGUUAUGUCAUUUAUGGUGUGCCCACCAGCACUCAGGGGGUUAGGUUCUGCACUAUACCGAGAGGAUGGGAAGGCUAUUGCUCUUCAAUUCCAGCUUACGGAGAUGGGGCAGAGGCAGGAAAACGAGGCUGGUUACAUUGUGGAAUGUCCACGUGUUAUCCUCAACCGGGUCGUCAAGUAACAGAUGGGGAGACGUUGAUUCUAGAAUCUAACUACAGCAGCACCCGAGAACACACGGGAGUUAUGGGGCUCUUCUACAUUUUGGUUGCUGACCGAGUGCCAGAGCCUGUGCCUUCUCAUAUCUUCGCGUUAAGUAAAGAUUUAACGUUUGAUUCCAAAUAG